AACCCGGCGCGAGGCACGCCGGGAGAGAACCCGGAUGAGGGGGCUACUGUGGUGCGCGAAGCACGACGGGAUCGGCGGGACCCGGAUAAAGAGAUUGAUGAUGCACCGGUUCGAGAACCGUCGGUGGCGCGCGGGUCACGCGGCAGGAGAACCCGGAUGUGAAGUCCUAGAUGAAGGCACCGCGGCGGGUUUGUCGCAGCCUUCUCUCCAGUCCAACAAGUUUAUUGCUACACUCGCUCGUUCCGGCCUGCUGCUUCAAAGGAAACAGAACCAAAACAAGCACCUCUUCGCCCCGCCCCCUCGCAGGUUCUUGAACUACCGGGUGGGGCCCCGGGGCGCUGCGCAUGCGCGCCAGGGCACGGCCCCGCCUCUCGUUCGGAAGUACGUGGGCAAAAUCUUCGCCGCCGCCACAACAAUCGCGGGCACCAACCAAUCGGGGCAGCUGCGUGGGUGCUCGAUGAUGCCCACGGGCCAAUCAGAUGCGAGCGAUCGCCCUCCCGUGCCCUCUGUCUCAGAUUUCAGUCAAAGUCGGCACCCUCGUUCCUUGCCUUCCUUCUCGUCCGCCCUGUUGCGCUCUCCUCUCCUCUCGGCUGUGACUCGUAGGCGGGGGUACUAAGACAGGACAGCGUGGCCGGCCCCGCGCACGACAAUUUUGGAAAGCGCCUCCCUGCCAGGCUUCCAACUU